CUUGAUUUCUUCCUUCCUUAGUGGAUGACUCAUCACUAAUCAUCAAAACAAAUUUUCUGAUAAGCAACAUCAUCAUCUGUCAUGAAGCAAUAUUUAAUUAACACCUUGAGUGAACAUUUUCACAAACAGACUCCCUCUCUCUCUCUCUCUCUCUCUCACACACACACACACAGAGGCUUGCUCUGACCUGAUGGGCAGCUCCACCCUCUCUGAGCACUAAAACCUCUCCAAGAAUAUGACACCUCGCCCAUUCCAUCUUCCUCCAUCUUAACUCUCCUCCUGCCAUGGCCUCCGACGACCACCACAUUCCCAACGGCUCCACCACCACCCCACCUGACAUUCAAUUCGAAUUCGCCCACCACGACCCCGCAAUAGCCCGCAUCAACAACGGCAGCUUCGGUUCCUGCCCAUCCUCCGUAAUCUCCGCCCAGCAAGAUUGGCAGCUCAAAUGGCUUCAACAACCCGAUGAUUUCUACUUCAACACCCUCAAGCCCUCCAUCUUAAAAGCCCGUUUAAUCAUCCGGGACCUCAUCAACGCCGACCACGUGGAGGAAAUCUCCAUCGUCGAUAACGCCACCACGGCCGCAGCCAUUGUCCUGCAGCAUGUUACCUGGUCCUUUUUGUCCUCCCAGUUUCAGCCCGGCGACGCGGCAAUCAUUCUCCACUAUGCUUAUGGGGCCGUCAAGAAAUCCCUCCAGGCCUAUGUUGCCCGCGCCGGCGGCCAAAUUAUUGAGGUGAAGCUUCCGUUCCCCGUGAAUUCGGAUGAAGAAAUUAUUCAAGAAUUCAGAAAGGCCCUUGAAUUGGGGAGGAUGAAUGGUAGGAAAAUCAGGCUAGCUUUGAUUGAUCAUAUUACUUCAAUGCCUAGCGUUGUUAUUCCUGUCAAAGAAUUGGUUAAGAUGUGUAGAGAGGAAGAUGUGGAUCAGAUAUUUGUUGAUGGGGCACACUCCAUUGGGUGUGUGGAUAUUGAUGUGAAAGAUAUUGGGGCUGAUUACUACACUAGUAAUCUGCAUAAGUGGUUUUUUUGCCCGCCAGCUGUGGCGUUUUUGUACUGUAAAAAAUCGGAUAUUUUGAAUCAAUUGCAUCAUCCUGUUGUUUCACAUGAAUACGGGAAUGGAUUGGCGAUCGAGAGUUCUUGGAUCGGUACCAGGGACUAUAGUGCUCAGUUGGUAGUUCCAGAGGUGAUGGACUUUGUGAAUAGGUUUGAUGGUGGGAUUGAUGGAAUUAAGAAGAGGAAUCACGAGAAGGUUGUGGAAAUGGCAAUUAUGUUGGCUAAGGCGUGGGGGACGCAUCUAGGUGUGCCUCCACAUAUGUGUUCCAGCAUGGCUAUGGUGGGAUUGCCUGCUUGUUUGGGGAUUUUUAGUCACUCUGAUGGCUUGAAGUUGAGGGCUUAUUUAAGGGAUUGUUUUAAAGUUGAAGUGCCAAUAUACCAUAGAGAACCAGAAAAAGGGGAGGAUAGUCCUAUAACAGGGUAUGCAAGGAUUUCCCAUCAAGUGUAUAACACAGUUGAGGAUUAUUAUAAGUUCAGGGAUGCUGUUAACAAGCUCGUUAACGAUGGUGUUACUUGUGCUUUUCUCUCAGAUUGAGAAGAUCACUGGCUGAUGAAUGAUUGUUUUUCAAAUAAGAAAUACUUCUUGGUUCCUCUUCAUCAGUUUAAUUUGGUGCUGACCACCAUAGCUUCAAGAGGUUGAAGACAAAGACCUGUAAAUUGAAGUGCUUACCUGCACUCAAAAGCUUGCCUUCAUGGCCGUUGAUGCUUCAGCUACUAAAAUACCUCUGAUACUUGCCAUUCAUGCUGUUGGAGCUAUUGGCUAAUAAAGUGCCUCAACAAGAAUUAUGUGACUUAAUUGAUUUCACUUGAUGGACUUGACACCUUCAAAUGCAAAUGGAAGUUUGCUGUGAAGUGUUAAGCCAGAAACUCAUCCACUAAAAGCUCUGUUGUACUAUCCUGGAUGAUAUAGCUAUGUCCAUUUAACUUGUAAAGGGGACAUAUUAACGGGGAUCGUUUGAAGAGCUGGCACAUUGUCCUACUCGAAUUCCUUGGACACUGGAGUUGUUAGGUCAUUGUCUAGAUGUCUUUCCUAACAUCAGUUUCAGUAUUUUAUUUGAAUGGGCUGCAUCAGCAUUCUAGCUCGUUGGGUGGAAGGACUGCUGCUUCUUUUAAGCUGAAGUUAUACAUACAUUUUUAUUUUUUUUUUCAGGUGUAGAUUUCAGUUACAAUGUAGUCACUGUUGCAUUGGCAAUGGUCAUGGUUUGAGGAAACAUGUACCUUUUUUAUUGAUUUUGUUUCCAAAAAUCUACUUAAUGUUCAGGUUGAUCAGAAUAA